ACGCGGGAGCAGGAAGAGCUGGAGGAAGCUUUAGAGGUAGAGCGACAGGAAAGCGAACAAAGGCGCCUGCUCCUGCAGAAGGAAGAACAACUACAACAGAUGUUAAAAAGGAAGAAUAAGCAGGCACUCCUGGAUGAUUUAGAGAGCUCCACUCUUCCUGCUUCGCUGCUUUUAGCUCAGCAUAAGGACAGAUCUACUCAACUAGAUAUGCAACUGGAAAAACCCAAACCUGUCAAACCAGUCACGUUUUCUACUGGCAUCAAAAUGGGUCAGUCUGUUUCACUAGCUCCUGUACAGAAGGUGGAAGAAGCUUUGUAUGAGUAUCAGCCUCUGCAAGUGGAGACAUAUGGACCACAAGUGCCAGAGAUUGAAAUGCUGGGAAACCUGGGGUAUCUCAACCAUGUACGAGCUGCCUCGCCACAGGAUCUUGCUGGGGGCUACACUUCCUCACUUGCUUGUCACCGAGCCCUGCAGGAUGCUUUCAGUGGCCUUUUCUGGUGCCCCAACCAGGAGCUUCUUUUGGCAGGGACAUCCUUUGGCAUUGGGAUGACGCUUGCCACUUGA